AUGGGAAACUGUCUAUCAAGUGGAGACGCAACGGAGACUGCACCACCAGCUGACGCUGCAAAGCCAGCCAGCGAAAAGAAGGCCCCAAAGAAGGCGUCUGCUUCCGCAAAGAAGGCAACCGUUGAAGAUUCCAAGAGCGGAAAGAGCUUUGGUGAACUUUACAAGAUUGGAAAACAGCUUGGAGAAGGUGCUUUCUCGACUGUAAAGGAAGGCUCUCACACGCAAUCUAAGGAAUCAUUUGCCAUUAAGAUCGUUACAAAGGCAAAGCUUUCCAAGGAGGAUGAAGUUGCCUUGAAGGACGAAAUCCAAGUGCUAGAAGAAUUGAAACACAAGCACAUUAUCCGACUGUACGAUGUUUUCGAAGAGCCACAAUACUACUACCUAGUCACAGAGAAAAUGAUGGGAGGAGAAUUGUUUGAUAGAAUCGUCCAAAAGAGUUAUUACAAUGAAAAGGAAGCCCGAGAUGUUUGCUUAAUCCUAUUCGAUGCCAUGAAAUACUGCCAUGAUCACAAUGUUGCGCAUCGCGAUUUGAAACCAGAGAACUUGUUGCUGGCGAGUGAAUCUGAUGACUCCAAUAUUAAGAUUGCUGACUUUGGUUUCGCCAAGAAGGUUAAGGAACCCAAUUCACUGACAACACAAUGCGGUACACCCGGUUAUGUCGCUCCAGAGAUUUUGGAGGGCAAGUCUUAUGACACUCAGGCUGAUAUGUGGUCGCUCGGAGUUAUCGUAUACAUUCUAUUGGGAGGUUACCCACCAUUCAUUGAACAGAACCAAAGAGAACUUUUCCGAAAGAUUCGAAAGGGGCAGUAUGAAUUCCACGAAGAAUACUGGGGACAGGUUUCCGAUGAUGCAAAGAAUUUGAUUCGCCAGCUGUUAACAGUCAGCCCAUCUAAGAGAUACGAUGCCAACGGAGCAAUGAAAAACUCAUGGAUUGGAGCGGAUGCAUCGAAAUUGGCAGGACAAAAUCUUGGAGCCAAUCUUGACCAAUUGAAGAAGUACAAUGCCAAGCGUAAAUUCAAGGCAGCCGUAAAGACUGUGGUUGCCGCCAACAAGCUGAAUUCACUUGGCCCCAAUCUCAAAGCUAACCUUGACUAA